AUGGACGGCGGCGGCGGCGGCGGCAACCGCAACGACCACACAUCUCUCGGCGGCGUCCGCCGACGAAAGCCGACGAAGAAAACAAACCAACCCAACAACAAAAAGAAACCCAUCAAAGUUGUGUACAUAUCGAAUCCAAUGAAGGUUAAAACCAGUGCCUCUAAAUUCAUGGCUUUGGUCCAAGAGCUCACCGGCCAAGAUGCCGACUUUCCCGACCCCUCUAAGUUCCACUCCUCCGACGUAGACGCCGGAGCCACCCCCGACCUCCUCCACAGCACGGCCGCCGCCGCCGCCCAGGACUAUGAUAGUCUAACGAUGAAUAAUAAUAUCCCUACUACACUUGGUGUUGAGCUGCCGGCCGAGGACUACCUUCUUGGUAGCUUUUAUGAUGACUUUGACGACCUGAUUCUUCCUCCUCCACUCAUCGGAAACUUCUCCGAAUUUCUACCAGCGGCUGAGGCGGCGGCGGCGGCGGUGAUGUAUGAAUCUUAUGCAAUGUGAUGUUUAAUUUCUCUCUAAUUUUGAAACUAUUUAAUUUUAAUAAGCUUCC